CGUCAAGCAUCCAAGCUCUGUUCACUGGAUUUGGCGUGGAGAUCCGUGGCGCUGCCCCGGACCGGACGGAUUGCCUGCAAUUAUUUUUGGGUAACUGCAAAUAGACGACCGUGGAUGCAGCAGAAUUUAUCAGCAAAGGUUUUCUCUCGCACAUUUCACUCUACUCCGACCAAUAUGAGCAGCGUACCCUCCGACCUGAAGCAGACUCUCACCCCUGCUCUCCUCGAGGAUGUCCGCAACUUUUGGUUCGAACACCUCAGCAGCGAGGAUGCAUUGAUCCUCCCGGGCCAAUCUGAGAUGAAACACUGGUUUAUGCGUAAUUCAGAGUUUGACAAAGCAUGCGUCGCCCAAUUCCAACCAGCUCUAGAGAAAAUCAUUACAUCGGGUGCAUCAGCCACGGAUAUUCUAGAUGCAGUGGAUACAUCAUCACCCCUAACAUGGCUCAGCAUCCUCCUCCUCCUAGACCAGGUGCCACGGAACUGCUACCGCUGCGACCAGUCCAAAUUGGUCUUCGGUCGUUUCGACCCUCUCGCGGAGGAAAUUGCUCUGCGUGCGAUUGACGCAGGCAUUCCGACCCAGGAUUCGCAUCUGCGAUACCGACUCUCCUAUCGCUUCUGGUUCCACUUGCCUCUGAUGCACUCGGAGAAUCUUGCUGUGCAUGAGAAGGCUGUUCAAGAGCAUGAAGAUACCGCGAAGGACAUGUACGAUUUUAUUCGUGGAGAUGCGUCGGCUCUCGAUGAGGAUGAGAAGAGAUGUUAUACUAUUCUUUCAAGCCAAAAAGAGGCACUCGAUAUGUUUUUGAACAGUACUUUCGACUUUGAGAAGAAGCACAAGGUCAUCAUUGAGCGGUUUGGACGGUAUCCCCAUCGGAACGCACCUCUUGGCAGGGUUCCGACUGCUGAGGAGAUUGAAUAUUUGGAGAAUGGUGGUGAGACGUUCACUUAG